UCUGCCUUGUUGGAAGGUGGUUUCAGAGUAGGAGGCACGGUGACGGUAGACUGUAGCGGCGAAGAAACGCUGACUAGAGUAACCAAAAGACAACUGGACCCACUCACUUGAAUGGUAUUUCGUGUCCUGCCAUUGAACGAUGUCAGCCACUGGAGACCUACCAGAAAUGGAUGGAGCAGACCUGAUGGGGCUGCUGUUCCACAGCAGAGAGGAUGGAUCCACUGAGCCUCUGUUUCCUGAUGAGAAUGGACUCAUUGAAUCCUGGCUGUCUGAACAAGAUAUGCUAACAGGUAUGGACACUGAAGACUUUCUGUCCAGCUUGUUAGAGGGAGAGGACAACAUGGGGGCUCUCUGUCCCUCUCACUCUCCUUUGGGCAGCGACAGCGGGAUUUCUGAUGACAGCAGCACUGGAGUUGGAAACAACAAUCACCUAGGUUGCCCCAGUCCCCAGGGCAGUGAUAGUGACGUUGUGCCCAGUCCAAGCUACUCCCAGCCCAGCCCGGUCCCCUCUGACCCUGCUGUUCCCCCUGGCGAACAACAGAUGGAGAGCCCGGAGGCCUUGACGGUCCAGGCAGACCACAGCUACUCCAUGCUGCAGAGCGGGGACAAGGAUAUGGACAUGGAUGUGCUGCAGAGUGUGAGGGCAGAGAAGCCUGACACAGAUGUCUUCAUUGAUCUCGAUGACUAUGUGAGUGAAGUGAUGGAGGAGGAUAUCACCAGCGAGCUGCCUUGUACACUCGCCAUAGAGGACUCAGCACAAGAUUCAGAUGAUCCAAAAUCAACCGAUGAGUUCCAGUUUAAAGAGAUCGUGCUCACUGAGGAGGAGAAGCGGCUUCUGUCAAAAGAGGGAGUGACUAUUCCCACACACAUGCCCCUCACAAAGGCAGAGGAGAGGACCUUGAAGAGGGUCAGGAGGAAGAUCCGCAACAAGCAGUCUGCUCAGGAGAGUCGCAAGAAGAAGAAGGUUUAUGUUGAUGGACUGGAAAACAGGGUUGCCAUCUGUACAGCACACAACCUGGAGCUGCAGAAGAAAGUGCAAAUGCUUCAGAAACAGAACAUAUCCUUGAUAGAGCAGCUGAGGAAACUACAGGGAAUAAUCAAGAUGUCGACCAUGAAGGCCAGCACAACCAGCACCUGUGUUAUGGUGUUCCUGCUCUCUUUCUGCCUCAUUAUCUUCCCGUCAGUCAAUCCAUUUGGUGGGAACACAGAACAAAAGGAACUCUACACUCCCACCUCCAUCAUUUCCCGGACAUUGCGCUCGAUGCCACAGGACAGCACAGAUGCCAUUGGUUACUUUGAGCAUGAAGAGGAAGGAGAUGUCGUCUUCGUGCCCAAAGCAGAGGUAGACCAUAAAGCCAUCUUAGCUGGCAGUCAAAAGAAUCACACUCCCGACUACCAGAGGAUGGAGAAGCCCGACACAGAAUCCGGAGUCAACAGCAACUCAUCGGCAGACUUCUCCGGUCCGGCUCAGGCUGCAGAGAUGACGCCGCCUGGGGUAGGGACCCUACAGGAAGGAUCCAUUGAUGCUUCUGUGAAGUCUGCUGUGGAAUAUGAGGGCACAGGAUCCAAGGAUAACUGGAUAGACCCGAACCCCCAGUCUGUCAUAUUACAACAGCACCGCUCAGAUGAGAUGUAGUGCAGGGAUGUGAAUACAUUUUACCAGCAGAGGGAGCCAUAUUUUUAAUUUUGUAGUAGAGGGAUGCUUGAACUUUCCCAAGGAGAAGGGACAUAACCGUAUAUAAUCAAGUACUAUGAUCAGUUUAUCUGUCCCAACUUUACCCCUCCAUCAGCCCUUUGAUGUACUACUGUUACUUCAUUUGCACUUUUUCACUGACUCCUUGUUCCAGUGGACAAAAAAUAACUUGAGAGAGAUGUCCAUAUUUCAGCAGCGUAAAUGUUGUAAGUUAUAAAAUGUAGACCUAGGUUGCUGGAGGCUACCAGGUAUCACUCUAGGCUCUCCCAAUUAUUGGCAUAGUGAUGCUAAUGACCAACAUUUUAAAAUGUUAUAGAAAACACAAAUAUGUUUAGUGAAACUGCAGUAUAAUACUUCAAAAGGAGUAUUACUUGUUUAUGAAUAACCAAAUUCUAGGAACAGCUUUGUUUGAUUCUGUUCUAAGUGAUCACUCUCCAGCAGAUCCAGGUGUGAAGCUGCUCAUGAAUAACUCUCUCAUGUUAAAUUAUUGUGAAACUAAGUCGUCCAACAGUUUGCAAUGCAAACUAACCUGAAACCUCCAUUGCAUUAGUAGGAGAUUAGCUGCUUGACUCAUUAAGCUUGAUCAAAGUGGUUUGACCACCGUAAUGCUUAAGCCAUUGCAGGACAUUUGGCCAUUUAGAAGACUUGUUAAGUUUGUUAGUAUUUCCCUUGUAACAAGGGUAUCAGUGCUCCUUUUAAUUUUGGAAUGUUCUGUUAUAUGUUGUACAGCAAAAAAAAAAAAACAUAACAUCCUCAUUGUACCCCUACAGUCUCCUCUUUUUAAACUUCAUGGGACAGUUCUUUCUUCCAUAUACAUGCCUGAAAUAUCACAACAAGGGGUCUAAAGUAUUUGCUGAGAAGACCAUGUGGCAGUAAAAUAGAACAAGAUGUAAUGACCUGUUCUGUCAGUGAUACAUUUUUGUAAUUUUUCUGUGUAUUUCUUAUGUUACUGUCAGUAAUUAAUGGAAUCUAAGUGGUUUUGGAACAGCUUUUUAUCAUGAUAGACAGUCAAUGAGAUUUUAAAUGUUGAUCAUGUUGUACAAAUGCACUGACAUUUGACAUAGUGUAAGAAGGGAAUGUAAAUAUGCUUAUAUAUGAUUGUAGCUCUUCUGUACAUUUGAACUCUUUAUGUAUAAGACAUGUCUGGACCUCUAUAAUAAUAAGGAUAAUAAACUUUUUAUAAAUCA